UGACCAUAUUGUAGGAGGGCUGGUGCUUGUGGGGCGCAGCGAUGAUGUCAUUUUAAAAGUUAACCCACUCCCCCAGUCCGAAUAGCUGAUUUCUUCAUAACAUUUAAUUUUUCUGCUGAAGUUUCACUAACAGCCGAACGGAUUCUACCACUCGUAGGUGGAAUAUAGGCGUCCAACACCUGCAGAGGGAAAACUUUUCCAUUUACACGACGCGGGAUUUUAACCGAGUAGCCCCGUGAAGCGGGCAAAAGUGUUGACUUUUAAAAAGAGAAAUCAAAAAUGAGUCGGAUUAUCGCUAACAAAUCGCCGUCUUUACGACAAUUGGACUGCAACGCCGUUGAAGUCAAAAGCAAGUAUGGAGCUGAGUUCCGCAGGUUCUCUGUGGACCGUGUGAAGCCAGGCAAGUUUGAGGAGUUUUACCAUCUGAUCAUGCACAUCCACCGCAUUGCCAACAUGGAGGUCAUGAUCGGCUACGCAGACGUGCACGGAGACCUGCUGCCCAUCAACAAUGACGACAACUUCUGCAAGGCUGUCACCUCUGCCCAUCCCCUUCUCAGGGUCUUCAUCCAGAGACAAGAGGAAGUGGACUACAGCAGCUUUGGCAGCAGCACGCUGACGCGGAAGAAGAAAGCUGUGGUGACACUCCGCAACGACUUAAACCGAAAGCGUCCACACAUCCGCAUUGGAAUGCCACAGGACUUCCGACCGGUGUCCUCCAUCAUCGAUGUGGAUAUCCUGCCUGAGUCCCACCGCCGGGUCCGGCUCUAUCGGCAUGGAUCUGACAAGCCACUUGGCUUCUAUAUACGGGAUGGGACCAGCGUUCGUGUCACACCCCAUGGCUUAGAGAAGGUUCCGGGCAUCUUCAUCUCACGGAUGGUACCAGGGGGGUUAGCGGAGAGCACAGGGCUGCUAGCUGUCAAUGAUGAGGUACUGGAAGUUAAUGGCAUCGAGGUGACAGGGAAGACUCUGGAUCAGGUGACGGAUAUGAUGAUCGCCAACAGCCACAACCUUAUAGUCACGGUGAAGCCCGUCAACCAACGCAACAACGUGGUGCGUGCCAGCCGCAUAUCCGGCAGCUCGGGCCAGAGCUCGGACAGCAGUGCCGGCUCCUGCGGCUACCCUGCCCUUUUGCCCAGCAGCCAUGCACCAUCCUCCCCCAUCCCCGGGGGCGCCCACAGCAACUACGGCGGUGAUGACCUGGAGAGUGACGAGGAAUCCGACAUCGUGAUCGAGAGCAGCAUCAAGAGGCCAUCGCGUCGCUCCAACGCCUCCGUGGCCUCCACCUCAUCGCGCCUGCAGCCCCAGCUCCCCUACAUCCCGCCUCAUGCUAUGCCCAACGCACCCCCCAGCCCCCCCACGCGCCCCCCCUCUAUCAUCUCCACGGCAUCAUUCCACUCACAGCCCAGCCUCAACGGGUCUGGCCCGAGCAGCUUGAGCUACCAGCUCCACAGAGACUUAAGCCUGCAAGGUCCCCACAUCAACCCCCACUCCCACCACGGCAGUACUCCUGGUCUUCGCCACAGCAAUGGCAGCCUGCACAAAAUCCUCAGCUCACUGCGCACAGACCCACGCCACAGCCUCGCCCUUCCCAAAGGAGGGGUGGAGGAAGAUGGCACUGUUAUCACACUAUAAUGCCCCACACCAUACCUCAGACUGAUUGUCAUUUUCUUUCUACUUUCUCUCUAUCGUUCUCUCUAUCUUUCCUUCACCUUCACGUUCACUGUCUCCACACACACAAACACCUAAUUGCCCAGAGACUGAGUUGGAACAUCACCAGAAUGGAGACUUUAAACCUUCUAAAUGCAAUGAUGUCAGAAAAAAAAGUAUUUUUAUAUAAAAGGAAUAAUUUAACAGAUACUUAAUACGAUCAUGAAAUGGCAACAUCUUCUCGAUGCUUAUUUUUGUUUUGUAUUUGUUUUUGCAUUUGCCAGACCACUAAACAAACAUAACUGUUGAUUUUUGUCUUUUCUCUCUCCCUCUCCCUUUAAGCAAGGCUCUGUAUCUCCUCAUUAAUGGGACCAAAUUGGAGCUUUUGCAUCUUCUAAGUUUAAUUUUGUUUGUAUUUGUGUUGAUUGGAGUUGGUUUGUGUAUCCGGGGACUGGCCAGUCCACACAAACAUUUAAAGAAACAGUGACCAGAAUUGAAAUAUUGUUUACCCUUGAGACAGAUGAGUUUGAGGCAACUCCACUAAGAAUUGUAGAAUUUCCCACACUGUUCAAUUUAAUCUGCCACACAAAUGGACCGUUGCCACUUUUUUUUGGACUUUUUUUUUCCCUUUUUGUGUACAUUACAAAAGUGUUCCAUACAUUCAGGAAUUUCUUAUUGGGAGCUGUUACAUUGAGUCUCUUAACUAAUAAUACUUUGUCAUAUGUUUGUCAUGCUCUGUCUAUGUUUUCAACCAAACAUUUUCUUUUUUUUAAGUAACCUCUAUUUGCCUAGUGCAUUUUAUUGUCCUCACGACAUAAGCUGAGGAGAUACACAAAGUGUUUUUCACCACACUGAUGUUGGCUUUAAUGGCGGCAGAGCCCCAUCUGAAGGCCACGUGGUCAGUCUCCCUGUCACUCAACUCUCCAUCCCAGAGUCCUGUCACAUCUCUGCUAACACAUCUCACUGUCCUGUCUGUUUGCUGUUUACCACUCUGAACAGCCUGGGCUGCCUGUGAGAUACAAAUGCAUCACUGAUCACCACUAAUGCCUGGGUGAAGGGAUGUCUAUUAGGAUAAGUGGUAGCCUACAGAAGUAGCCUACCCUAUUUUUAAUCGUUUUCAACCAAUGUAACCAUGGGAAUAAUGUCACAUUUAAAGAGCAAGGGAUUCCUGUCAUUUAGAAUCAUGUACAUGCCUGUGGAGUUUAUCUUUCAGAAUGAGGCCCAAGCUGCAGACCUUUCGAGUCAAUAACAUGUUAGAUCCCUGGAAAUAUUUCUAAACUGCGCGCGUUAUUUUUAAUAUAUUUUUUUUUUUUGUUACCACUCCGGGACCGUAGACAGGUAAUCAUGCUGCUUUUCAGAGAACAAUUCGGUACCAUCCCGUGCGUUGUUGGCGUAUUUUGUAAUUUAGCACCAUCUGCUGGCAUAUGCAAAGUUUUUGUGCGGCUCUAUCAACAUUGCCAGCUUCCAUCAUAUGAUACACAAAUGUUGCGUUGGUAUUAUUUAUUGCUAAGAUUUCUUCAAAUCUCUUUCUGGAAUGUCAGGCUGUUGUCCAUUUCUGUCCAAUCUGUGUUCAUAUCCAUUUUUAUUGUGAAUAAAUUGUUUUAAAAAAAACCUCGAAUCCUCUCCAUUACACUAUAAAGCACUGGUUGUUUCAUUUUCAUAUUUCAUCAUUUAAUAGUGGUGUGUAUUGCAUUCAGAUAAGACAUGAUUGAGAUUGCUUUGAUGUAUCUGUUCAUUUUAUAAAGCAAACUAUUUUUCCAUAAAUAGAUCAAUAUAAUGCCUUGAGUCUUUGGUCAAUGACGAGCUUACUCUCAGUAGUUACAAUGAGCAAAACAAAAUCAAAGCAUAUGUGUAGAAUUCCUCAUAUUUGGAAGUUCCAAUCAUGACCAUGAUCACUUCUUAAGAUAUGGAUAUUCCUUUGGAAAUCAUCACAAUUAUGAGAAUCGGUCAUCAUGACAGAACCUUCAGGAUUUAUUCUGCUUCCACAUGUAUUAUGACCUCCUGCAGUAUGUGUCUGCCUAUGUCUAGUUGUAGAUAUGGUUUUCUAAACGUUGGUGCCCCCAUCAGCUUUUUCUGCUCUCAAACUGCUUUUGAAGUUUUUCGUAGUUAUCAAAGGCAAUGAUAUCUCAUCAAAUUCCAUUUAUGAAAACAUGAUGCAAAGUUUGUCAUUUUAGAAAUCUGACAUCCAAGUUUGUUUCCCAGAACCACAGUGCCUUGCAAAAGUAUUCAACCCCAGAAGCAUCACCAUUUUCUGAAUCUUUUUCUAAACAAAUGAGUUAAUGAGUUUUUUUUAACAAAUGAGUAUGUUGUGAAACAUCUGUGCUGUAUAUUUCAGACAUAUUUUCAAAAUCUCUACUAAAAAUAAAUGAAUAAACAAAUACAAAAUACUGCUUGCAGAAGUAUUCAACCCCCGUACAUUAAUACUGGGUGGAGAUCCCUUUAGCUGUGAUAAUAGCCGUAAGUACCAGCUUGGCACAUUGUUCUGCACUGACUCUCCACAUUCUUCUAAACAGAAUUCAUUAAGAUUGUCUAGGUUGGUGGGAUGGCACGUCUGGACUGUGGUGUCCAAACAGUGUCAUAGAUUCUCAACAUUCACUUAUUUUCUUGAACACUCCAGUGUUGCUUUAGUCUUGUGCUUAGAGUCAUUUUACCACUGGCAUGUGAACCCUCUUUCGAACCUUAAUUAAACAGCAGCCUACAACAGGCUCAUCUUAUUAUGAAUAAUAAUAAUAAUAAUAAUAAUCUUUAUUUGUAUAGCUCUUUUCAUAAAAUCAGGUUGUAAAAGAAAACGGAUCAAAACAAUUAGGUAGGCUAUAUAAAAAAAAACAAUACAGUGAUACACCAAUAUAGUGAAAACUUAUUUUUAGGGAAAAUAAAAGACUAUUCAAAUUAAAACUAAUGCAAAAUCAGGAAA